AUGGCGCGCGCGCUGCUGCUGGCGCUGACGUGUGCAGCGGCGGUGUCGGCGGCGCGCUACGUCGACUAUUCCGGCGUGAAGAUGCCGGCGUACGGCAGCGUGGCCGCGGGGGACUACGAGGCGUCCAACGACGUCGCCGCGCCCGCCUCGGACGACUACCGCGGCCAAUCCCCGGACGCGCCCGCCUCGCCCGACUACAAAUACGAAGAAGAACCACGCAUAAAAACUGAAAAGCCUAUCAAGGAUUCCGAUGACUCAGAAGUGUGGAGAAAAUCAGGAAGAAAACAAAGAGGAUUGAUGAUUCCCGUGGACAGUGCAACUGCAGACGCUAUUCACAAGUUUGAGCAUGAUGAUGAGGAAUUUCCCAAGUUCAGGCCAAAUCACCGCCACGCCAAGCAUCGGAGUCGGCUCAAAAAUGAAGCCCCCGUUAUAGACGAAGCGUCACCAUCCAGAAGAGCAAUAAAAUAUAGUCGUGAUAGGAAAGAUGAUGUUAGUGAUAUAGAUAGGAAAGACUAUUUCCAUUUAGAUAAAGAUGACUUUCCAGAUGAUAAGAGUAAAGAAUUUGAAGAAGAUGUUAAAUUUUUAAACGAAGCUAGCACAAGGCGUCGUAGAAAACCAAGAGACAGGCAGUUGAAGAGAAAGAGUAGUGAGCUCGAUUUAGCGUACGACGAUGAACUAGAUUUGGACCGGCGCCUAAAGGGAGACGUGGAUAAGGAGCCACCUCGUCGAACGCGGCCGCCAGACACGCGACCUGUUAACCGCUUUCGACCCUUGAGUGAGGAUGAAGAUGAGGACACGACGAGGGGGCAGCCCGGCAACAAGUUGAGGCCCAAGUUGUACGACGACUAUGACGACUACUAUGACAUGAAGAGAGUUAACAGUAUCAAAAGCAAACUACCCUCACUUCUCCGAAGAACAACAGAGAGGGCUCACCGGCCGACGCCUACAAGCUUCCUGGACUCGCUGUGGACGAACCGGCGCAUGUUGCUGCCGCCUCGCAGGCGCUUCGACGACGAGGACGACGAUCAAGCUGAGAACGUCCUCGAGCAUAGAUCGCGCGCCCCACCAUCCACGGCCGCCAGCACCGUGCGGACUCCACCUUCAACCACCUCCGCCACUACCACUACCACCUCCACCACCACCCGUAUCACCACCACCACUGUCAUCACUACCACCUCAAGUAGUACUACUAUCAAUAACACGGUGCUAUCACUUGCUGAAAAAUCCAGACUAUCCAUCAUGAAGAAAGACCAACGAAAGGAAGGUCUGCAUAUCGACCCGACGACGAAGAAGCCACCAGUACUGCUGCAGGUGACGCGCUAUGUGCCUACCGUGGUGAUGGUGGAGCCACCUUCUAGCGUUAUACCUUGGAUGCGAGCGAGCGAGGUAUUUGACGACGAUCCUGUGCGGAUCAACCGAGUGAAGAAGUUGAUGCGCCACAAGUUGGUCUCGAACUCCAAGAAUAUUCACGAACUUACUGAUAACUGGGACGAGCAGGUCUGCGACUACGUUGACACGUCACUCAUUGAUAGCGGCGCAAGCGCACUCCAGUUUCAGCGCACGCAUCGUGCUUGCACACUGUUGGCUCUGGCAUGCACUAUCCUUAAUUCUUGCUCAAUGUUAUAUGUUUACAUGUUUAGAGUGCUGUUGUGA